AUGGCUGCGCAAAAUACCGCUCCGUUGGUCUGGAUCGACUGUGAGAUGACCGGUCUGGACUACGACAAAGACGAAAUCAUCGAGGUAUACUGCUUGAUCACCAAUGGCGACCUCCAGCUGGUCGACCUAGAGGGCUGGGGGACUGUCGUCCACCAGCCUCAGGCACGCAUGGACGAGAUGGACGAGUGGUGCACUCGGACCCAUGGCCAGACUGGACUCACAGCGGCCGUCGUCGCCUCAGAUGUCACCCCUGAGCAAGCCGCGGAUGAGCUGCUGGCAUACAUUAAGAAGUAUGUCCCUGAACCUCGCAAGGCCAUACUUGCAGGUAACAGUGUUCAUGCCGACCGCGCAUUUCUCAACCGGGAGCCGUACCGGAAGGUUGUGGACCACCUGCACUACCGGAUUCUCGACAUCAGCAGUCUGAAGGAAGCAUCUAGGAGAUGGUGCCCUCGAAUCACGGAGAAAGCACCGACCAAGAAGACGCUGCACAAAGCCAAGGAUGACAUAUUGGAGAGCAUUGAGGAGGCCAGGUUCUACAAGGACGCCAUCUUCCAAAGACCGUGA